GUGGAUGCCAGCAAAAAGCUACUCCAGAAAAAACCCAAAACAUAUGUCUCCCUUCAAAAGAAAAAUCUGCUUUUUCACAGCUACAAAGGAUUGAAAACAAAUUUUAUCAUCAAACGUGGAGCUGUGCCAAAUCAGAGGCAGCCAGAAGAAAGCUUUGGCACGAAAAGAGCUUUGAUGGCGAGAGGAGCAAAGAUGAAACAGCUUUGAGUGAGAAAAAGAGCAAUGAGAUUGCUCCAGCCCACAGAGAGGGAAGCUCUGCUGUUUGCCCAUCCAGAAUGUCCCCUCUGUCCCCCAGGGCAGCCUCAGGACGUUGCAGCCCUGCCAGGAGUUGGGCUGUGGAUGGAAAAGGCUCAGCUGGGACAUGGGCACCUGCAAAGAGCCUGGACAGCCCCACAAGGGACAAUUUCAGAGAGCUGGGAUAUUCAAGAGGAUUCUCAGCAGAAAAGGAAAAAUCUCCCUGCUCCCUGCAUCACCCACCUCACUCCCCUGCAAGGAGCAGCUCCCCUGUCCCAGGUGGGAGCAACACUCCCAUCCCCACGGCUCUCCUGCUCCCCACAUCCCACCUUCCAGCAGCCAGCAAGGCCAGACAUCAACAGCUGGAAGAGCUGUGGAGAAAUCCUCCCCAAAAUAAGUUAGAGCAACUCAAGAAGAGGAUCCAGGAGCAGAAGAGGAAGCAGCAAGCAGCAGCCUGGGAGCAGGAGCGCCUGAUUUUUGCUAAAGACCCCCUGCCAAAGAGAGCUCUGAAAAGAAAGGUUUGCAGAGUGGCCUCUGCUCCUCCUGCUGCAGCUCACAGAGACCAAAAAGAGAGGAGCUCAGCAUGGAGAAUUCAAAGAGAACACCAGAGGCAGCUUUCAUCCAAGUCCUGUGUUCUGGAGAGAGCAGUGGCAGGGAAAGGAGUGAAUCUACCUGGUGUUUCUGCAUGGAGAGAAGGUCAGAAGUUGGCCAGAAGGCUGCUGGGCCCACGCCCUCCACUUCCACAUCUGAGGAGCAGAACUGGAGAGCAGAGCACAGCAAAGAACUUUGAACCUUUGGAAGGAGCUGGAGGAUUUGGGGCAAUGCCAGAGAUGGAAAACACUCCCAGAAUGAAGGGAAAUGAAGCUGUGGGGAAGAGCCCUGGAGCACAGAGUGCUGUGGUCACUCCCAGCAAGGCUGAAAGGGGCAGCAAUGCACCCACAGAGGAUACAAACCAAGCACUCAGAAUCCUUCUCUUGCCAAGCCAGUCCUGUGAGGAGCACAGAGGUGCCAGGCUCCCCAGAGAUGCUGUGAAACACCAAUCCCAAGGGAUCCAUUCUCCUUCACCUGGACUUGCAUUAUCAAAAGAUGGAGCCAAGCCCAGCACCUCAGGAAGCUGCAGCAGAGGGAAAAGUGCAUCUCCUCAGAGACAGAAAGGGUCUGAGAAAGAAAACCUUAAGCAACCUUCAAAGAGGAGGGUAAACCUUAAAAAACCUCACCCCUACAGCCCUGAAAGCGUUCGGGAAUUUAUGAACCGAAAAAAGGCAGAAAGAAAGAAAAAACUCCUUGAACAGAAAAAGUCUUUGGCACAGGCUGUGGAGAUGAGGAAGGAGAGGUUGCAAGAAGUGUACAGGAAACAAAAAGAAGCUGUUGGGAAGAAAUCAUGUCCUGAUGAGAUGCACAAAGCCAUUGGGAAAACAGGUUCUGCCAAAGGAAAUGCUCAGUGUGAAUUUGAGCAAGAGCAAAGCAGUGGGGGAGCACUGGAAAGGAGUUUCAUGGCCUGGGUGGAUGAAACAUCCUCUCCUCUGUCACCUGAAGAUCACAGAGACAGAAGCAAACAGGAUCGAGUGAGAGCCAUUCAUAAUCUGUCCAGGGAACUUGAAGAAAAGAUUGACGUGGCAAGGAAGAGGCUGAGUGCAGCCAGCUGGGUUAAAGCCUCUGCUGACAAAACAGAGACAAGUCUGGACCUUUACAGUGAUCCUCCUUCUGUCCCAGAAUCUGAGACUUCCAGGGAUGGGCAAGAGAGGACAGAGACUGCACAGAUGCUUCUGAGCAGCACAGAUGCUGAUGUGACAUCCCACAGGGAAUGCCAUGGAGUGGGCAGGAUUGGCCUGGGGGGCAGCACUCAGGGAGCAGCAGCCCUGGACAGACAGAAGGAAAUGCCAACUCCUGUGCCUGGUGGGAAUGCUGAGAGGGAAGGAUUGCCCUGGAUCACUCACAGUGCAGGACAGAGUCACCCCAGCUCUGCAGGAGAUCAGAGAUUCACAUGGCAAGGUUUCUCUGUGAAUAAGGGCUCCAAGGUGGACAUAAGUCUAUGGAAUGAGAAGCCAAUAACCAGCCCAGCCUCUCCAGCUCACAGAUUCCUCAUUGGAAGCCCGCAGGGAGAACUCAGAGCACGGAGGGAUCAAUGUGGAUGUGAGACUGUUUUGAAAGGUCAGAACCAAGAGGAAAUGGCCAACCCAUCUCCUGGAGAGAGCCUGAGGAUCUGGGACAGCCUGAGCUUCCAGCCCUCUGCCACUCUGAGCACUGACAGCUUUGAGCAGGACUUGGGUGAGGGAGAUUUGGGCAGCACAGAGCUGGAAGACAAACACAGGAGCCACCUGGACAUUUUGAGGCAAACCUCCCUACUACUGGCUCACAGACUGAAGCUCCAGCAGGAACAGCAGAAACAGCAGCUUGUGGUGCUGAGGGAGAAAGCAAAGCAAGAGGUUGAGGAAAGCCACAGGUUUUUGAGGGACCUGCUGCAGCUCAGUGCAGAGGGCAGCAGGAAUUCCAGAGGCAGUGAUCCUGCUGUGACAAGACUGUACCACGCAGAGCAGACACAGAGAGGACACUGCUUGGGAGGUGACUUUGCUGCUGGCAGUAAUCAAGAGAUGGGUUCACUGAGACACUCUGCAUUGAAGACAGAAAGACAUCCCAGUCCAGUGGAUCCCAAAAUAUUGGGAGAAAGAAAACCUCUAGGAGGAGGAGGUUCAUAUUGCUCGGUGCUUCAAGGAGCAGAUCCCAGGCAGUCUCUGCACAGCCAUCACACCUUGAAUCUGUUGUCACCUUGGGUGAAUCUGCCCCAAGGGGAGACUUGGGACAACUCUGGAGACAGCAAUGAUCAGGCCAGCUCUGACAGCCAGUGCAGCGCGGCCAUUCCACACUUUGGAGGCUCCAGCACCUUCCAUGGUUCCAGCCUGGCUGUGAUGGAGCAGUGCCUGAGGGGAGAGGAGCUGAGGGCUCAGCACCAGGCAGUGCUGCUGCAGCUCCGGAGAAAAGCUCUGCUGGAGAAAGCCAGGGUCGAGCUGGCCUGGCUGGGCCACCGCAGACGCAUUCUGGAAAACCUGCAGGAUAGCUCUGGAGCCUCUGCCAUGGUAGCAAAGCAGCACAAAAUCCUGAUGGAGCUGAAACGGGAGCAGGCAGAAAUCCAGCACCUGCAAAACAUCCACAGGGCAGCCCGUCAAGAAAGGAAGCUUUUAUUAAAGCAGCAGAGAGAAAUCUUAAUGAUGCAGCACUCAACAGCACAACUUCAGGAAAAGCUGCACAGUUUGGCUGGGAAGCAGGAGGUUAUGAAGUCAGGGAGUAAAGACAAUUGUGUCCAGCUAAAGCAUAAAAAGAGCAAGAAAUGUGAGGGCUUUUCCACUGAGAACAAGGAAUCACUGGUACAACACCAGAAACAGGUGGAGCAGUUCCCAGGUUUGGAGCAGUCCCUUAAUGCUCAGGAGAAUGUUUUCUUACCUCUGGAACCUACAGCUUCAGCUGGAAUGGAACCCACAGCCACACUCAAUACAAGAAAAGGCCAAAUGUGUGUAUUUCUGGAACCUGUGCUGAAGGAAAAUGCACUUCCUUCAAACCAUGAUCCUAAAGAUAAUGAAGAUAUUAAUCCAUGUGGCAGAAAGCACCCAGUGAAAGGUUUGGGGAUGCUUCCUACUUGGUGUAACUUAUGCCUGGUUCGGGCAGAAAAUACUCCUGAAGGAACAGGUGAAUCAUAUUUCAUGCUAUUAUAUCCAAUCUGUUUCAACUACUUGAACCAAAUUUUAAUCCAGACAGAGAGACAAUCUUCUCAUUUAUUACCUCAGUGUCUUGCUCACUAUAACCAAUUUUUUCAAGAACUUAAGGCUGUUCUUUUUAAAAGAACAUAG